AUGGGGUAUCAUGGGGAUCUGGCCGUUGGCUCCUUUGAGGUGCACAAUUGGCAUUUUGUUACCCUUUGUGGACAUGCUUUUCAGAGUCGGCCGUCACGCUCCAGCUACGCCACUUCCUUUCCGCGGCACUAUAAAAAGUGCUGCACGGCGGCAGCAUCUCUUCGCCCCUCGGAGCUGGAAAUGCAACUCUUGGGAUCUUUGGAGGCUACGGAGCUGGAGGCGGAGGCGGCUGGGGAGGCUUGCCAGCCAAGGGGGAGAAGAAACCAGACGCACAACAAAGAAACUAAAGCCGACGAGGCUGGAGUCGCGGUCCGAGGACCGUCGGUGGAUUUGGGGACAAAGGAGCCGCGGGGCUGGGCUAACAGUACCGAUCUAAGCAUUGUUUCUCUGUUCUUUUCUUCUGUAGAACAUUAUAAACAUCACUGGUUCCCUGAAAAGCCGUGCAAGGGAUCAGGUUACCGUUGUAUUCGCAUCAACCAUAAAAUGGAUCCUCUGAUUGGACAGGCAGCACAGCGGAUUGGACUGAGCAGUCAGGAGCUGUUCAGGCUUCUCCCAAGUGAACUCACACUCUGGGUUGACCCCUACGAAGUGUCCUACAGAAUUGGAGAGGAUGGCUCCAUCUGUGUGCUGUAUGAAGCCUCACCAGCAGGAGGUAGCACUCAAAACAGCACCAAUGUGCAAAUGGUAGACAGCAGAAUCAGCUGUAAGGAGGAACUUCUCUUGGGCAGAACAAGCCCUUCCAAAAACUACAAUAUGAUGACUGUAUCGGGUUAAGAUAUAGUCUAUGGAUGGAUUAUCUUAUAAUGGAUGGAUAAAUUUGAUUUUUGCUUUGGGUGGGCUCCUCUUGGGGAUGGAUUAUGGAAUUUAAACCAUGUCACAGCUGUGAAGAUCUGGCACAAGAUAGAGUGGUAAAAAAAAUUUUUUAAGUGACAGUGCCAUAGUUUGGACAGUACCUUUCAAUGAUUUAAUAGCCUGUGAGUCCAAGUAAAUGAUCACUUUAUUUGCUAGGGAGUGAAGUCCUAGGGUGGUUUCAGUUUCUCCCAGACAUACCUACAAUUUAACAUCAAUCCCUUUAAGGAAAAUCUGUAUUUCAAAAAACCUUUCUCUGCAGUAGAUCUUGCAGAGGAAUUUGCACUAUUACACUUGAAAAUUGUUGUUGAUAACCUUUUUGGCAGCUCAGUAGGAAAGCUUGUUUUAAACAUGGUAGUACUGGAAAUUUUACAAGACUUUUACCUAGCACUUAAAUAUGUAUAAAUGUGCCUAAAGACAAACUAGUAAGCAUGACUUGGGGAAAUGGUCAGACCUUGUAUUGUGUUUUUGGCUUUGGAAGUAGCAAGUGACCAGAAUCUGCCAUGGCAACAGGCUUUUAAAAAAGACCCUUAAAAAAGACACUGUCUCAACUGUGGUGUUAACACCAGCCAGCUCUCUGUACAUUUGCUAGCUUGUAGUUUUCUAAGACUGAGUAAACUUCUUAUUUUUAGAAAGUGGAGGUCUGGUUUGUAACUUUCCUUGUACUUAAUUGGGUAAAAGUCUUUUCCACAAACUACCAUCUAUUUUGUGAACUUUGUUAGUCAUCUUUUGUUUGGUAAAUUAUGAACUGGUGUAAAUUUGUACAGUUCAUGUAUAUUGAUUGUGGCAAAGUUGUACAGAUUUCUAUAUUUUGGAUGAGAAAUUUUUCUUCUCUCUAUAAUAAAUUGUUUCUUAUCUUGGCAUUUUAA